AAAAUUAACAGUAAAGCACAGAUUUCCCAGAGUACUCUGAGGAAAAAAUUGCUCAAAUGCCUCAACCCUUAGUCACAGACAGCUGGACUGAAGAUUGAAAGAGGCUUUCUUUAGUCAGGAAGCCGAUUACAGAAAGUAAAUAUAAGAAAUUCCAUGUAGACUUCAGUGGAAUAUUUUCCAAAUACAGUUAAAGAAAAGUUGGGUGAGUUCUGAAUUCUUGAGUUUGUAUUGCUCUCUGUGUACCUGCUCUGCGUUUUUCGCUUCUUAAAAGUACUAUAUUCUGUAAUGAUGACAAAUCCUUAAUCACUAUGAAAUAUAAAGUAUCAUCAUGGAAAAAAGAAAAAAGACUCUAUUGUCAGUUUUCUCCAGACUGUCUCCAUAAGUUUUGUUUUUCAGGCAACAUUUCAGGUUUGUCAUAACAUAACCAAGAGGUGAUAUAACAUUUUUGUUUAUUUGUUUCUCAUUUACCCUUAAGUUUGGUAAUGUAAGUUGUCUUAUUUCCAUCUGCUGACAUUUGCACAUCAUCCUUGCUUUCCCUUGACAGUAAGCCUCCUCUUUUCUCUGAGAUGAAGUAGUUCUAACCCUAGACAUGCAGCAGAAUCAAUGGUGGGACUUUUAAGAAACUCAGAUGUCGCCUCAACUCUCAUCAAUUCUAAUUUCCAGGUGCUGAAAUUUGAUGCCUAUUUCCAAGAAGAUGUCCCUAUGUCAACUGAGGAACAUUAUAGGAUCCGUCAAGUGAGCAUUUACUAUUAUCUAGAAGAUGACAGCAUGUCUGUUGUAGAGCCUGUCGUGGAAAAUUCCGGGAUCCCUCAAGGCAAGUUAAUCAAACGCCAGCGGCUAACCAAGAAUGACCGAGGAGACCAUUACCAUUGGAAAGAUCUAAAUCGGGGAAUAAACAUCACAAUUUAUGGCAAAACCUUCCACGUUGUCGACUGUGACCGAUUCACACAGGCAUUUUUGGAGAGUCAAGGCAUUGAAUUAAAUCCACCAGAGAAAAUGGCUCUUGAUCCUUACACUGAGCUCCGGAAACAGCCUCUUCGUAAGUAUGUCACCCCAUCCGACUUUGAUCAACUCAAGCAGUUUCGCACCUUUGACAAACAAGUUCUUCGAUUUUAUGCAAUCUGGGAUGAUACAGACAGCAUGUUUGGUGAAUGUCGGACUUACAUCAUUCAUUACUAUCUUAUGGAUGAUACGGUGGAAAUUCGAGAGGUCCAUGAACGGAAUGAUGGACGAGAUCCUUUCCCACUCCUGAUGAACCGCCAGCACAUGCCCAAGGUUUUGGUGGAAAAUGCAAAGAACUUCCCUCAGUGUGUGUUGGAAAUCUCUGAUCAAGAAGUGUUGGAAUGGUAUACUGCCAAGGACUUUAUUGUUGGGAAACCACUCACUAUCCUUGGGAGAACGUUCUUCAUUUAUGAUUGUGAUCCGUUUACUCGACAGUAUUACAGAGAAAAGUUUGGAAUCACUGACUUACCACGUAUUGAUGUGAGCAAGAAGGAACCACCUCCCGUAAAACAGGAAUUGCCUCCCUAUAAUGGUUAUGGACAAGUGGAAGAUUCUGCUCAGAAUUGCUUUGCUCUGAUUCCAAAAGCUCCAAAAAAAGAUGUUGUUAAAAUGCUGGUGAAUGAUAACAAGGUGCUUCGUUAUUUGGCUGCACUGGAAUCCCCCAUCCAAGAAGACAAAGACCGCCGAUUCGUCUUCUCUUACUUUUUAGCCACUGAUAUGAUCAGUAUCUUUGAGCCUCCAGUUCGAAAUUCUGGCAUCAUUGGGGGCAAAUACCUUGGCAGAACUAGAGUUGUUAAGCCAAACUCCUUCGUGGACAACCCUGUCUACUAUGGUCCUGGUGACUUCUUCAUUGGUGCUGUGAUUGAUGUGUUUGGCCACCGGUUUGUCAUCCUCGAUGUAGACGAGUAUGUUUUGAAAUACAUGGAGAGCAAUGCUGCCGAGUAUUCACCAGAAGCACUAUCAUCAAUUCAGAACCAUGUUCGAAAGCAAGAGGCUCCUGCACCAGAAUUGGAAAACAAGCAAACUGAAGAGGAUCCAGGCACAAAGGAACUGGAAGCAUUAAUAGACACAAUCCAGAAGCAACUGAAAGACUAUUCAUGUAAAGACAACAUUCGUGAGGCAUUUCAAGUUUAUGACAAGGAAGCUUCAGGAUAUGUGGACAGAGAGAAGUUCUUUAAAAUCUGUGAAUCUUUUAACAUCCCAAUUGAUGACUCCUUGGUUGAAGAGUUAAUCAGGAUAUGCUCUCACGAAGAAGGCAAGAUUAACUACUAUAAUUUUGUUCGUGCUUUCUCAAACUGAACUGGCUGAUGGGAGAAUGAAAUACGAAUAUUUGAAGUUGGACCUACACUUCGAAACCUACUUUGUGCUCUUUAUAGGGUCAUUUACAGAGCUCCUGAAGUUAACAUUUCUCCUUUUGGUUCUUAUAUUUCACCACUACUGAAGGCUAAAUAAAAUGGAUCUUAUAGAAUCUCAGAAUGGUGCCUUCUUUAGGGAGGGGCACAGUAGGGAUGGUGAAUGAUUCAGAGCAGCAGGAAUGAUAAAACUUGCUACAAGCAUUUUAGGGGCUGGAAAAAAGCGGACAGUACUGGCUGUUGCUGCUAGCCAAUUGCUACCCACCCAGCCCCAGUACUGCAGGGAAAUAUACCACAUAUUUUUCAAACUGUGGUUCUGGAUCCACUAGUAAGUAGACCUGCAUUUUAAAAAAUAGAAUAGACAGUAUCAGAGUGUGGUACACAUAGUAGGGUAUGUAUUCUUUUUCAUGAAACUUGUUUCAAUUAUUUGUGCAUUUACUGAGUCAUCAUGUAAAAUGUAUUUCUUGAUGUGGGUUGUAGCUUAAAAAAAAAAAAGGAAAAUGCUGCUUUUAGAGGGCCUGGCCUUGAGAUAGGAGGGAAGGACUAGUAGCACUUCCUGGUUAUCUAAUGAGCUCUGAGACUUUCUAGAACCAGUGCUGCUCCUUACAGGUGAAAUCAGGCACUAUCUUCAUCUUUAUAAAUGUUCUGUCACAUUCCUCCUUGCUACCCAGAAUGUAUAAAUGAGGGAGUUCUACAGGAUACAGGACUCCUGGGCCUCUCAAACUACUGGAGAAUUUCCCUCGGUUUUUCCUUUCCUAAUGAGCUAAGCCACCUAUAAUCAGCUUAUUUAAAGGGCUAGAAAUGUAUUAUGUUGACUCCCUCUUUUCUGCCCUAGGUUGGUUAUCUCCGGAAGAGCCAUGUUAUUUUUUUUGUCUCUGUAUGUGUUUUUUGUUGGUUUUUUUCUCCAGUCACUCAACUGUUUUUAAAAGUCUCAUUUUCAAGUAUUUAAAAGUCCAUUUCAGUCUAAAAUAAAUAUACUAAGCUCUAUCUGUAGAAGCAAGGAUGGUGUUUGGACAUGUUAUCAGGAGGGAUCAGUCCCUGGAGAAGG